CGCCAAGACAUGUUCUUCUUAGUAUAUGUUUAACGUUACUUUUGUUAAUUUUCUUCAUAUUUUUAAAAUUAUAUUAUUAUGAUCGUUGGAAAUAUUCUUCCGUGCCAAAAAUAACAUCAGGCGCAUAUCGGACAGCUACGGAUUUCCAACUUUCGGUCUACUACAUGUUAUAUACACGGAUGUGUUGACUGUAAACGUACAAGUUAAAUUUUCAAAAAAUGUCUCGGUCUGAAGGAAUCACGGCUUUGUCCGAAAAUCCUACCGAUGUCUUUUUAGAUGUGUCUAAAUUGCUUAUUACCUAUGCGGAUAAUAUUCUCAGAAACCCAAGUGAGGAUAAAUACAGAUCAAUCCGUAUAGAAAACCCAACAUUCUCCGCCAAGCUGCUGCCUGUCAAGGGAGCAGUUGAAUGCCUUUUUGAGAUGGGAUUUGAGGAGGCUGAAACCCACCUGGUGUUUCCAAAGUCAGCAUCUGUGGAGAAGCUUAGACAGGUGAGAGAGACCAUUGCAGCUGAGAGAGACCAGAGGCUUGGAGACAGCAAAGCUACAUCUAACCCACAAAGUGUCAGCGUUCCCCCACCAGCAUCCUCUCCUGCACCUGCCCCUGCACCUACACCUGCACCAGCUUCUAUACCAUUCACUUCGAGCAGUGUGACAUUCCUUAAGACUCUGCAGUCAAACUUUCAACAUGUGAUGGUGUAUGAGAACCCUGCAUUGCAACAGAAAGCCCUGAGCUGCAUACCUCAUGUAUUGCUCCGAGCCAAAGCUAAAGAACGUCUGAAGCAAGCCAGCGAUGCAGAUUCAGCUUGUGGUUUGGAAGAAGAGGACAUGUUGGUUCUAGACCUGUUGCAGUGGUUUAAAGGAGACUUCUUUUCCUGGGUGGACAGUUUGCCAUGUAGUCGGUGUGGAGGUAAAACCCAGCCUUCUGGCUCCUUACCCCCUUCAAAUGAUGAUCUGCGCUGGAAUGCAGGUCGUGUAGAGAACCACUACUGUCAAACCUGCCAACUCUCCACUAGAUUUCCAAGGUACAAUAACCCAGAGAAGCUCUUAGAGACCAGGAGGGGGCGCUGUGGAGAAUGGGCAAAUUGUUUUACCCUGUGUUGCCGAGCUUUAGGUCUAGAAGCAAGGUAUAUCUGGGACAGCACAGAUCACGUCUGGACAGAGGUGUAUUCCCACUCGCAGCGCCGCUGGCUACACUGCGACCCCUGCGAAAAUGCAUGUGAUAAACCCCUCCUGUAUGAAGUCGGCUGGGGAAAAAAACUCUCUUACAUCUUCGCGUUCUCAAAGGACCAAAUUGUGGAUGUGACCUGGAGGUACUCCUGUAAACACCCAGAGGUGCUUUCCAGGCGCACACAGAUUUCAGAGACAAGGUUGCUGCAUGCUCUGAAUGAGCUUAAUGCUACGAGGCAGCGAUCUAUUGAACCAGAAAGGAAGAAACAGCUUAUGGAAAGGCUGGUAGUGGAGCUGGUAGAGUUCAUUUCUCCCAAAACCCCUAAAUCUGGAGACCUGGGCGGGCGCAGCUCUGGAUCUUUGGCUUGGAGGGCUGCACGAGGGGAGACUGGUGCAAGUAACACUAAAGAGGAUGCGGAUGGAUGUGUCUUUAUUCCUUUAGAAUCUGAGAAGCAAAAAAAGUUAUUUCACAUUAGUUACAAUGUGGCUAAAGACUGUUACUUUAGAUUGAGCAACGGCUCAGAAACCAUCCCAGGAUGGCACAGAGGAGCUUGGAGAAAAGAAAAUUUGUUUAGGAAAGAGGAGAACGACUGGCAAAUGGUGUAUUUGGCACGGACAGAGGGAUCCGCCUUUGGGAAGAUAAGCUGGAAGUUUGACUGUACUUCUGUAGGAAUGAAGAUAAAGUCUGCUUCUGUCCGAGCCUUCAGUCAAACCUUUCAUUCAGGCAACGUGUGCUGGAGUUUACGUUCUGGCCAGACCACCAUAGAGUUCCCUGGAGAUGGUGAAAUGCACUCCGCUACAAAUCUGUCUGGAGGAACGGAGCUGUUUGUGGAGGCAGAGCUCACGGGAGGGGAAGGAAACGAAUCGUGGCAACACUCUCAGCUCUUCAGACAGAGUUUGAAGGACACAGAGAAAGUAUUAUUUGAGCUUCUGGUUGAAAUCGAUGAGACUUGAUGAUUUAUGUUGUGAAAAACUAAGGAAAUGUGCUAUAACUGUUUGUUUUAUCACAACUGAGAGAAUUAUGUUAUGUUUAAAUGGACAUAAUAAAAUGAAUGGGUAAUACUUUAUAAUAAGGAUGUAUUUAUUAACAUUACACUGUAAAAAGUAAAAGUUGAACCUACUAAUACUGGAACUAUAAAUUACUUCAAUUGGUAACACCAAAUUUUUAAAAAAGAACUAAUUGAAGUAAAUUUUGAUUCAACUUCUUAUAGUGUAGUUUAUGCAUAAGCUAACAUGAACUUACAAUGAACAAUACUUCUAUAGCAUUUAUUAAUCAUUUUAACAUACAUAACUAACUAUCAUUAACAAAGAUUAAUAAAUUAUGAAAAACAAUAUUGUUUAUUGUUACUUAAGGUUAGCCAAUGCAUUUUCUAAAGUUACAAAAAUACAACCUUAAUGUAAAAUGUUACCCAUUCAUGUUUUAUGUGAAACAUUUAAAGCGAAUUUACUCUUCAUUUUUGGUUUAUUGGCCAAAAAUCUUUUACUGUAGUCUACACUAGUUCAUCUGCUCUGUAAAUGAGACGGUUUGAUCUUAAAAUGUGUAAUCUGAAACUGUUUGUGCAUCAUUAUUUUGGUGCAAGGUAAGGAUAUGUCCACAUAAGAAUACAUUACAUUUUUAUUACUUGA